AUGGACGCUUCCGCCAUGGCCCCCGCUUCUCCUCAGUCACCAACUUCCCUGUCGAUGCACCCUCCCGGUUAUGUGUCGACCUUAGCACAGAACGCCGCAUCGUCUUCCAGCACUGUGCACCCUACGAUGCCCACGCGCUCUGAGCCACGGUACUCCUCACCUUCAGCAAGGAGUGACGCUACCUCCCACGCACGCUUCAUUGUCAUUGAUGGAGAUAGCGAAGUGUACACCGAUGAACAGCGAGUCGAAGCUGAGGUAGAGCAACGAUAUGCUCGCGGGGAACGCCCUCAUCUGUUGUAUUUCGAUACCCUUACCUCUGCUUUGCACGGUCGCGCGAAGAAGAAGAGGAGGCAUGCUGUCUCAGCACGUACGCGCGGCACAAUAUUUGACUCUGAGUCCUUGACUUCGGUGGACCGGCUGACUACGCGCACGUCUCGCCAAGAAGAGUGUGAUCGUAUUGAUCAUGAGCGACAGGAAAUGGUUAUUCGACGUGCAGGCGAACUUCGACAGCAGCUUGAAGACGCGUCUCUCGAAGCUGGGGUGUAUUCCCGCACGGAAGAAGAAGUCGCGGCGGACGACAUUUGGGCUCCAUUGCAGGAAACGGAGCAGCCAGACCCUGGAGACACGGACGAUAGUGACUGGGAGGACGAGCGUGUUGAGAUGGUUGUCAUCUGCGGAGAUACGCGUCGGAGGCGGCGACACGCAACACUAGACAAGGAAGAACGCGCCAGGCGCUGUCAAGAGGCCUGGCAAGCCGACAUGACACAUCUCACGCACGCAUAUCUGCAGUACAAGCAUGCGCUCGUGCCGGACGACAACAACUCCAUACCCGGCGUCGCGUGGAGUAUUGCUACCUUGGGCGUACGAGAGCUUGAAUGGGCGCGUCCAUUCGUUCAAAGAGAAGGUCAGAGCGCCAAUACCGUUCUGCUACAUCAUGGACUGCUUGGUGCAUCGCCCGUAUCGCCCUCUAUCGCCUUCACCACCGAGCUUCUAGAGCUCUACCACCAGUUGAGGCGACACCAACCAUCCUUCAGUGUUCAAGCCAUGGUCAAGACUUUAUGCAGCAUCCAUAAUCUCUCCUACCGCCACACAUACCGCCAGCAGUUCUCGGACUGCUUUGACGCGUACCUUGCUAUACUGCGUGCGGUGCAGCUUCAGACCGAUGCCGCUCUUGGCCGCGGAUUUGAUUGGCUGGUCAAGAGCCAGUGUGCUGCGUGCGUAAACAAGAUACCAGAAGAAGAGGUUCUUUGUCCUACGAUGCUGCACGCCAUGGACGGCAACGAGUCGCUGAAGCGGGUCACCGGCUGGGGCCACACAGACAAGCGUGAAUUCCAUAGCGCUUUCUUGAUUUCAUCCGGCGACGUCGACAAGUUCAAGGAUGAUGUCAAGCAUCGUACCCAAGGCCCGCGGGGCGAGGACCGGUCCUCGUCUGACGAGAAGAAAGCAUGUACGGCAGACGGGCAUUGGAAGACCGCCAACGCCUCUACGAUCAGCACCGAAACAUUCGAUGAAUGUGGCGCCUUCGUGUCCGUAUGCCGCCACCAUCUUGUCAGGACGUUCUGUCCCAUGAUCCGAAGUGGAGAGCUUGCAAAGUACGGGCUUGCAACGGUCAAUCGCCUUCUGGAUCUCUUUGGCAGUGGACAAGGGAUUGGGUAUGAUAUUGGCUGUACGCAUCGGACUACUAUCGCGUCCAGUACACUCGGAGAAAAGGCCAAGGCGUUGGGACUCGAUAUCACCGUUGAUGCCUUCCACGGCUACGCCCACCACCGACGAUGUCAGCUGAAGAAUCACCCCUUAUUUCGGGAAGGGUACGGGCUGGAGGACUUGGCGACUUGCGAACGUGUUUUCUCCGCAUCCAAUUCGGUCGCACGACUUGUUCGCCAUGCCUCAAAGUUCCAUUACGGCCAGUUCAUCGAUCUCCACUUCCGUAAUGGGAUCGCGCUUGGGAAGCGUUAUACGAAGGUUACGACGAGAUAUUCAGGUGCUUAG